AGAGAGAAAGAGGAGAGAGGGGGAGAGGGGAUGAGGGAGGAGGAGGUGGAGCGGUUGAGGGGGGUGGUGAGGGACUGCGUGAGCAAGCACCUCUACGCGUCGGCGAUCUUCUUCGCCGACAAGGUGGCGGCGGCGACGGGGGACGUCUACAUGCAGGCGCAGGCGCUCUUCCUCGGCCGCCACUACCGCCGCGCCCUCCACCUCCUCAACUCCUCCCACAUCGUCCUCCGCGACCUCCGCUUCCGAUACCUCGCCGCCAAAUGCCUCGAGGAGUUGAAAGAUUGGAAUCAAUGUUUGACGAUGCUAGGCGAUGCUAAGUUGGAUGAACACGGAAAUGUUCAUUCCCAACAGGACGGCACUGCAAUGUACUUAGAUAAGGAUGGCGAAGAUCGGGAAAUUAAUAUAACAGCAGCUAUAUGUUUUUUACGUGGAAAGGCAUAUGAAGCAUUGGACAAUCGUGCCCAAGCUCGAGAAUGGUACAAAGCAGCUGUUAAAGCAGAUCCUUUAUGUUAUGAGGCUCUGGAAUGUUUGGUUGAUAACUACAUGUUGACUUGUGAGGAAGAAUCAGAUUUAUUAUCUUCUGUACAAUUUGGGAAAGAUGACGGGUGGUUAUUGUCGUUCUAUUCAUGUUUGAUAAAGAAGCAUGACAAAGAACAUGUUGUAGAAGCGAAAUUCAGAGAGCUUGAAAGAGAGACUUGUAUCACAUCUUCGAGUUCUCCUUUUAGCCAAACACUGAAAAACAACAAUGACCUUUUGACUUGUAAAGCUGAAUACUACCAACAAUGUGGAGAGUACCAGAAGUGCUUUGAGCUUACAUCAGCGAUUCUAGAAAGAGAUCCAUUCCACUUAAAAUGCACAUUAGUUCAUUUGGCAGCUGCACUGGAGCUUGGCCAUUCAAAUGAACUCUAUAUUCUUGCUUGCAAUUUGGUGAAGGAUUAUCCUCAGAAAGCUCUUUCCUGGUUCGCUGUUGGGUGCUAUUACCACUGCAUCAAGAAGUAUGACCAAGCAAGAAGAUACUUCAGCAAAGCAACUGGUUUAGAUGGUGCAUUUGCACCUGCUUGGAUAGGUACUGGUAAUGCUUUUGCUGCUCAAGAGGAAAGUGAUCAAGCGAUGGCUGCAUAUCGAACUGCAGCUCGCUUAUUUCCUGGAUCUCACUUGCCAACGUUAUAUAUUGGCAUGGAAUACAUGCGAACUCACAAUUUCAAACUUGCAGAACAGUUUUUUCUUCAGGCAAAGACAAUAUGCCCUUCUGAUCCACUCGUAUACAACGAACUGGGUGUUGUUGCUUAUCAUAUGAAGGAGUAUCAGAAAGCCGUCCAAUUUUUCGAGGUGACAUUGGAUUAUAUUGCAACUUCAUUAAGUGAAAUGUGGGAACCAACUUUGGUGAAUCUCGGACAUGCCCUAAGGAAAUUGAAGAGGUACCAGAGAGCAAUAUCCCAUUAUGAAAAGGCUCUGUCUCUUUCAACUCGAGAUUUUAGUGCGUUUGCAGGCCUCGCAUACACUUAUCAUCUAAUGGAUCGGUUUGAUUCAGCAAUCUCUUAUUACCACAAGGCUCUGUGGCUGAAACCAGAUGACCAAUUCUGCACUGAAAUGCUAACUCUGGCCCUUGCGAAUGAUUGCCGAAGCAUCGAUUGUCGAAGCACCGGUCGGAGAAUAUGAUUAUAGCUUUGGUUGAGCGUGGCGUACCAUGUUAAUCUUAUAACAUGCUUGUAAUUUAUGUGGGAACAAAACUUUAUUACCAGUGUAGCAGCUGCUGUAUUCUCUAUGUUUUAUCACAUUGAUUUAUUUUCCCGCCAUUUAUUACAAGCUGUAACCACUUAGCCUUGUUAAAAGCAUUUACUUAUGCUUCAACUUAAAA